AUGAGUCUCGCCGAAGCUGCACCCAUCACUCGUGAUGAUCGAUAUCUCAACCCUGAGUCGGGAGACGACCAGCGGUUAGGUGACUCCACGCCUCGAGCCAGCGAGUUCAACAACGACACAAACAGUCAGCGAGACGAUACCAAGAAGGACGGAAAGAGUAAGAUGCGAAGCUUGUUCAGUCUUGCUAAGAAGAAGUCAUCAAUCUUCUCAAAAUCCGACUCCAAGCCCGACACCGACGAUUCCAAGAACCAAUCUCGGUCUGAGUCUCAAACUCCAUCCAACGCAAACUCCAACCCUGCGAGUCCACCUCUGUCUCGAGAUAUCUCAAAGCUAUCUUCGAACCAGCCAUCAUGGCCUCCAACUGCCGAGCAGAGCUUCACACUGCCCUCGUCUCCAGGCCGCGGCCUCACCGGCUCUCCACGACUUUCAUCGCCAGCGACCUCCCAGAUCUUCGAGCGUGAUGUCCAAGACAGCUCUGUCAACCCCAGUUCUCCCGCUAUUCCGACACAUAUCCAGACCGAAAACUUUAUUCCUCCUGUCCUGGACGAUGCAUCCGAAGCAAUCACAAACCAAAAGCUUGACCCUGAUACUGUCGAGAUCGUAACCCACUCUUCGCAUCAGCCCGCAGCUGUGACAGUCACAGGAGCCACCAAUGGCUUGCCCGUGUACGACCCGUCAGCCAGCGAGUGGGCAGCUGAGCUUGCUUCUUUUGCUAAUCGGGAUGCUGUUUCGACCGAUAACGCUUCCAACUAUGGGUCUUUGGAUUCCUCCGAUGUCCGCCGGCUAUCCUUCAUCUCGUUUGCCGAUGUUGUACAGGCUGAACACAACCCUCCUGCAGGUGUAGGCAUUGCAGGAUCCCGCGACAGCAUCCACCUUGCAGGUCUUACGUCUCUGCCAACAACGGUCAACCGUUCGCCUUCACCCAUCCGAUCACCAGUGUCGAGCCAAGGGCCUGAGACAAGUCCUCCUACGAGCAACCCCGGAAGCAUGAAAGGUAUUGAGCUGAGCCCAUCGCGAAGACCUUUGGGCAGCCCAACAAGCACAAACAACCUCAAACUCAAUCCUUUGGGCGGAGAUUUGAACAUCGAGACCAUGAGCCAAGCUCUACGACGUACGGGCAGCAGUGAUUUUAGCCAUGCUCGUAGUGGCCCUACCAGCCCGAUUGAGACAUCCCACCUUCGUUAA